AUGACUCGGACCAGCGCGAGCGGUCUACCUAUGAUCAAAUGCUCAUCCUGUGGUAUUGAUAUCGACAUUCUUCAAUUAGCAGACCAUGUGUGUGCUCCGGCUGCCUCGUCCACAACGGCAGCUCCAGCCGUAACGCCCCCAGAAUCGCCGAAGGUCAAUCGUGCUGGAAGUCUUGGUUCCUUCAGCAAACGAUCUGAGGGCCAGCCGCCGAUGGGUCGUAUGCGCCCUCCACCUCGCAUCGACUCAAAUGCUGCCAACAAACCAUUUCGGCCCCUGGAGCCGUCACCAAUGAGCAACUACAGUGACCCCAGAAGUCGGUCGCCAAUGCUCUCACCAACACCACCUAAAUCUCCAUAUAAGAUGAAUCGAAGCGCGACAGCCCCAGUACCACGACCGAAGAUGGGUCCCCCGUCGCCCAAGAUUUCCUCAAAUUUAGACUGCGCUUUUCCCCCUUUCCCGUCCAAGAGGAGUGCGACAUUCCAAACCGCAAGACCGCAGCAGCGCGAAAGACGAGAGCCCUCGCCACAGCAUUUGUAUGCUGAACCAAGUCCUCUCUUCGCGCCUCUCAGCCCUAGAUUUGAUGGUGGAGAUAACAUCGCGAAGCGCAUGGAUUCCAUUGCGCCAGGUCCGUUCGAUGGACGUGCAGACCGCCGGCCAAGUACUUCCAGUUCUUCCAAACCUCCCUCGCCUUUGCCGGAGGCCGCAUCCUUUGGCCACAGAAGAACAGGUACUCAAGGUAGUGCCAGGAGUGUCGGAAGCACAUCGCGACAGCGUUCUUCUGUAUCAUCGACAAUGUCGCGCGCUUCAGCAUAUUCGAAUAGAAGUGUAGGCUUGCCUGCUCAUCCAAAAAUGAGCAACAACAUCAACAGCAUGCCGCCGCCACCUUUACCUGCGUCUACUGAAUCGAAUGAAGGCAUCGACGCUUUCCUUGACCGUCUGCAGAAAGAGAGCAUGGGGCCAGCGCACGCGCGCAAGACGAGCGACCCAAAGACUGAUCUGAAACGAGAUGGAAGCAAAGAGAGGAAGCAGCCACCUCCACGACCAAAGAGGCCUUCUGAGAGCCAUUUACCGAUAUCCGACAUGUCUGAGCUCCAACCUUCAGCAUUUGUUCCUACACCGAUCAACGCGUUCCCUCCUCGAAACGCCAGCAUUCGUACUCUUGGAAACGCGAAUCAACAGAAUGCCGUCCCAUCUCGAACAGCGCAACUGCCGCCAUUACUGCCGCCUGGUUUUAGCCAUGACACUCCGAUGAACCCCCUCCAUACGCCAUCGGAUUCCGGACUCUCUGACGACUCCUACGCAAGCUCCGGCUUUAGAAGUGCAGCAAGCUCUCGAUCAAGUCCGCCAGCAUCUGAAGCCAGUCAUUCCCGCCAAGCAUCCAAGCUGGGUCGCUCAGAAUACCUCGGUGAUAGCUUCGAAAGGACCGCCAGCCCAGAUUCUUACGCGGGCUCUCCAAAGUAUUCUACUGUGAAGGCACCCCUUCGUAGCGCACCAAGCCAGCCGAGAUUCAAUGCACCAGAACCUAUUCCCCCACCAUCUCCAUCACCCUAUGCAGAUCUCCCGGAAUCACCCAUGGACCCCGCCAUCCAGCUAGGUAUCGCAUUCGACCGCCGGCCAAAGCAAUCAGCCUCGCGACAAGACUCAGCUCAAAAGGUUGGACAUAGCCCUCUAGGAAAAUCACCAGACACAGCACCCCGUCGACAAGAAAGCCGACCCGCGUCGAAGGGCAAAUGCCGAGGUUGCUCAGAGCCAAUUGUGGGGAAAUCCGUCAAGGAUUCUUCAGGCCGCCUGACAGGACGUUACCACAAGCACUGCUUUGUUUGCAAAACCUGCAGCGAUCCAUUCCCAACAGCAGAGUUCUAUGUUUAUGAGAACUCUCCCUACUGCGAACGCCAUUACCAUGAGCUCAAUGGAUCUGUAUGCGCUUCAUGUAACCGUGGCAUUGAGGGCCAGUAUCUGGAGACAGAUGCACGCACAAAGUUCCACCCCAAAUGCUUCAACUGUUCAACAUGUCGCGUUGUUCUGCGAGACGAUUAUUACGAGGUCAACGGACAACGCUACUGCGAUCGACAUGCACACAGCGCCGCAAACCCACCGCAGAGCUUCCUCGGACCUGGUGGCUUCCGACCACGCCUGGAGAAGCGAAGCACUAGACUCAUGAUGAUGGCUUGA